UCUCUCUUCUCCACUAUGGACAGAGAAUACACUGGAAGCCUGCCGGCUAUACGCCCAGCUGAUAUGGGGACCGGCAGAGCCAUGAGGCUGGGUUCAGCAAUCCUUGGUUUACUUCUGUUCCAAGGAGGUUACGGCUCCCAGCCUACAACAACUCAGACCUCUCAGGGAGACACAUCUCCCUCAGGGCCUGACAGCCCAAAGCUUCUCCUUAGCACCCCGACCCCAGGUGUAGGCACAGGGAUGCCAGACAGCAGCAGCAGCAGCAGCAACAGCAGCAGCAGCAGCAGCAGCAACAGCAGCAGCAGCAGCAGCAGCAACAGCAGCAGCAGCAGCAGCAGCCGCCGCCGUGGAGCUCUCAAUAGCACAAGAGGAGAAGCGUCUCUGAAUGCUACUCCCAAUGCAGUAACCACAAGCCUGUGGACAAGGGAAGAUGUGAUCAUCCUGCCCAGCCCCACAACAGAGUCAGCGCUAACUGUGGCUGCCUUUGGUGUCAUCAGCUUCAUUGUUAUCCUGGUGGUUGUGGUGAUCGUCCUAGUCAGUGUGGUCAGUCUAAGGUUUAAGUGUCAGAAGAACAAGGAGUCUGAAGAUCCACAGAAACCAGGGAGUUCAGGGCUGUCCGAAAGGGGUUCCUCGGCCAAUGGAGAGAAAGACAGCAUCACCCUCAUCUCCAUGAAGAAUAUCAACAUGAACAAUAGCAAAGGCUGCCCCUCAGCAGAAAAGGUUCUUUAAAAGUGGCCUUGAGUCGCCAUGGAUUCAAGUGUGGCGCAGCCGCCCGGUGACCAUGAGGAAGAAGAGAUGAGAUUGUUGAAGGCAGCAGACCACAUAUAAAUUAUUUUGUUUCAUGUCUGCUCCUAGCUCUAAGGAUAUCACAUUUCUUUAGAACCAGAAGCAGCUUACCGCAUCAGAGACUGUCCCAUGUGGAAGCCACUCUAGACAUGUGGUUUGCUCUUCCUCCUCCUCCUCAGAACCCAAGGCACGAGGAGUCAACAGAGCAAGAGCCAAGGAAGCAAUGAGGUAGAAGACUGGUGUAUUCUACUCACAUUAAAAUUAUUUUUCUGGCCUGGAA